UUUCAAGGUUGUCCAAGUCAAGCUGGGGUGUGUUUAGGACCAACUGUCCCAGUCCCUAAUCUCCAUAAUGUCCGUCCUUCGAUGCUUGAUACUCGCUGCCCCCGCUGCAGCUGGGCUUGCAAGUGCAUCAACUGCAAACUUUGGGGCAGACCACACCGAGUACGCACAAUUGCAAGCCCUGGGAAAGGCAUCCCACGACACUGCUCUCGGGGCCUUGGCUAGCAACAGCACGUGCAAUGCAGGAAAUGUCGUGGUCCGCCGAUCCUGGCACGUGUUCAAGCGUCAGGAGCGUCUGGACUACAUCAAAGCAGUCAAAUGUCUUCAGUCCGCUGAGUCAAUCACGCCUACGGAGCUAGGAUCUGGCAUCAAGACCAGAUUUGACGAUUUUGUUGCCACCCACAUGAACCAGACCAAUGACAUCCACCUCACUGGUAACUUCUUGUCGUGGCACCGGUACUUCAUCUGGCUCUAUGAGAAGGCAUUGCAAGAAGAGUGUGGAUAUGAAGGGACAUUGCCGUACUGGGACUGGCCUUUGACUGCCAUCACCGGAUUGGAAGAGUCUCCCAUUUACGAUGGCAGUGAUACAUCUAUGUCAGGCAAUGGGGAGUAUAUUCCGAAUCAACCCGACCUGUGGUCUAUGGGCGUUACAAUCCCAGCUGGAACUGGCGGCGGAUGUGUGUUCUCAGGCCCCUUCGCCAACAUGACCGUCAAUUUGGGCCCGGUAAAUCUCGCCUUGCCCGGCAACACGUCGACAGCGAACCCUCACAACGAUACGGGUAUUCUGUCCUGGAACCCACGCUGCCUUAAGCGUGACUUGACCGACUUCAUCAUCCAGAAGUAUAACAGCGCAACUCAAGUAUUGGAUACAAUCCUCCUCUGGGACACUAUCUCCGACUUCCAACUGUCACUGCAGGGCAUCAACAUUACCACUGGAGCGAAUUAUUUCGGGCCUCACGGUGGCGGUCACUGGUCGAUGGGUGGUGAUCCAGGCCGAGAUCUCUUCGCCUCCCCAGCAGAUCCGACCUUCUACCUCCAUCAUACGAUGAUCGAUCGGGUCUGGUGGAUGUGGCAGAUGCAGUCCCCUGCGGCGCGCACAUCUGGCCCCACGGCUGUCGGUGGUACAAUCACGUUCUUGAACGAUCCUCCAAGCCGAGAUGCGAGUCUCGAUGACUACAACAACUACGGUUUUGCAGCUGGACCUCCGAGGCAAAUCGGAGAGUUGGUCAGCACGACGGCAGGGCCUUUCUGCUAUGUGUACGAGUAAUGAUGGGCCCAUAUACAGCCGUCCCGAUUGGUACUAUGGAGGCACCUUCCAAGAUGUCGCACAAUUCUCGGGGCCUGGCCCUUGUGGUUGAAAGAUAGCUUUGUUGUGUAUAACUCACCUCGCAUCCCAACAGCACAGGGCAGAUCUAGAGCGGUCCAAAGCGCCACCACAGUGUUUUACACCUCAAGACGUCUGCUUCUAAGGACGCAGAGGCAUUUUCAACCCACAA